AAUUGCAGCCGCUGCUUACUUGUACCCAUGGCUGUGUGUCCUGCAAUCCUUAUAAAGUAGACGAGCACACCUUGCCAUCAGUGUUAGGUUGGUGUCAGUGUGCUGCGAAGCCUGUCGGCCAUGAGGAUCUGUUACCUUCUCCUCCUGUUGCCCUUCCUGUUCUUGAUGCCCGUUCCAGGAAAUGGAGGAAUUAUAAAUACCCUGCAGAGGUAUUAUUGCAGAAUAAGGAGCGGUCGGUGCGCUGUGCUUAGCUGCCUGCCAAAGGAGGAGCAGAUAGGCCGCUGUUCUUCCGCGGGCCGAAAAUGCUGCCGAAGAAAGAAAUAAAAAAAAAAUCCAGAAACGUGAUGGGAACGUUGUAAAGUGUGAAAAUGCCUCCCGGAAGUUUAUAGAAGAAAAAUCAAAUUAAAUAUUUUUUUCAAAAG